AUGGAUCCUCAUAACCCUCAAGGUACUGGAAACCUUAACAUGGGGAUCCAGGGCCAGCCAAUGACGGCACAAGGGUUAGGGCAAACCCAAUACAAUCAGCAGAUGUUGCUUGCCCAGCAACAAUAUAUGAACAGUUUCAACUCGUUCUAUGGCAAUAAUCAGUUUUCUUCACAAAUGUUGUCCAUGGAUCCUUUUCAACAGCAGCAACAGCUGUUCAUGAUGCAGUCGCAACAAAUGCAACCAGUUUUUCAACAACAACAGCAACAACAGGCAUCUUUAGUAUUGCAACAGCAACUCCUUAGCCAACAGCAAACGCAACAACGGUUUUCUCAACAGCAGCAAGUCCAACAGCAACAAGCUCUUCAUAACCAUCAACAACGGCUUUUGGAAGAGCAGCAACGGCAAAUUGAACUCGCUCGUCAGCAACAACAGCGACAACAACAAGAGGAAUUGCUGCGACAGCAAAGAAUCAAGGAAGCCGAAGAGCAGCAACGUCAGCGUGAGUUACAAGCACAGCGGGAAAAAGAGCAGCAAGAGCUUCUCAAGAAGCAGGAAGAAGAAAGGCGAAUUGCUGAAGAGAAGCGUCGUCAGGAAGAAGCGGAGCGACGAAAAUUAGAAGAGCUUAGAAAGGUUCGAGAAGAACAAUUGAAAAAGCAGCAAGAGGCUCAACAGGCUCUGAAUGAGAUGAGAGAACGCGUGAAGCAAGUUCAAGCCGGACAAGCCCUGACUCUCGUAGCAACUCACUUUAACACAUCAUAUAUCAAAACGGUGCCAUUCCCAAGUGAAAACAUGAUUAGCUCGAAACUGCCUUUUGUCUGUGAUGGGUCGAUUAUGAAAUCUCUUCUGGAUACAUCUGAUCCGAUUUUGGUGCAGAUGGUGUCGCAAGCUUUGUCCACUGUUGACGUUAGUGACACGUGA